GGGGGGGGGGGGGGGGGGGGACAGAGGAGAUUAUCAGCUAAUCCAGUGCGUGGACAGUCCUGCAGGAGCCUCGUCGUUCUUCCAGGGUGAUGCAGACAAAACAGUUACUGGAUUACCCCUCUUCUCUCUAUCUGCCUUUUUGAGAAAGAGUCGUUCUUGUUUUUGCUCUGAUUGUUUUUCUCGGACUGUUGGACGUCUGGUGUUGGGACCGGGGGGGGGGAGGACGGGGGACGCAGGACAAAGAAGUUUGGAGACAGAGCCGGUGUGGUCUACAGGCAGCGUGGUGCCCACAUGGACAAAUCUCUUUAGAGCGACACGGUGCAUCGUGGUGGAGCCCCCCCACCCUGUCUCCCGUCCCUCCCUCUCUCUCCCUCUCUCUCUCUCUCUCUCUCUGCCUGAACCUUGAGGAAGAACAACCCAGCGGAUGAGACACAAACAAGAUCCUGUCAGACGCUGUUGAACACAGACAGAAAGGAGCCACGUCCAGUUUCACGGUAGAUUCAAACCUGACGGACAUGCACCCCUACGCCCCCAUUUGAAUUAAAGGGAAAUUCCAAAACUUCUCUGCCACCAUGAGUCUGGGAAAACUGCCAGGGAUUAAGGGCCUUGUGUCCAGCUCGCAGGGGAAGAGCCGCUUCAAGAGCGACCUCUCUGUGGACAUGAUCAGCCCUCCAAUGGCCGACUUCCGACACACCAUGCACGUUGGCCGCGGCGGGGACGUGUUCGGUGACACUUCCUUCCUCAGUAACUACGGGGGGGUCCGGGAGCCUGGAAGUCCGGAUUCCACGAGCAGCUCCAAGACGACGGGUUUCUUCACACGCACCUUCAAGCACGUCCGGAAGAACUCGGUGCCACGGCCGCUCAGGGGCUCCCGGGACCUGUCCCCCCCGCCGGACAUCUCCCCCAUCAUCAAGACCGCCAUCUCCCUGCCCCAGCUCAACAUGGACCCUCCCAACGGGUGCAUGAAGAGGAUGAUGUUCCCCAGCUCCACAGAGGACUCCCUCUGCACAUAUGGUCUUCAGUCUGGAUUCGUCACUCUGCCCCGCCUCUCUCGCCUCGACAGACAGUUUCAGGACGGGGACGUGCAGAGAGGCUCUCUAACCGACGGCAGCACCAUGACCCGCUCGGACUCGCUGGCCUCGUUCACCGUGGACCUCGGGCCGUCUCUCAUGUCCGAGGUGCUCGGCUUGAUUGACGACCCCAACUACUUCCAGAUGUCCAACCACAGCCCGGCCGCCGAGGAGGAGGAGGAUGAGGAAGCAGAAGAGGAAGAUGAGGACUCUCUGACAGAGACGCCUGUGCAGAGCCCCGAGACGACGUCUCCCAACCCGUCCAUGAGCAGCGGGUCGUUCAGCAGGACGAGGGACAGCACAAGACGCUCAGGCAGCUCUAACAGGGACGAGCAGGAGGAGGACAGGGGGUCACUGAGGACGCCGGACGCGUCCACUGGGUCCCCACAGCGAGUGGAGUCUGGCAUGGAGGCUGAAAAGUUCCAGAGGGCGGCGGACGUGCUCUCUCGUCAUUACGGCGGGGGGUCCUUCUCGAAGGGGACGAAGAUGAGCAGCACCACCCCCCCACCUGCUCUGUCCUCCAGCCGCAAGACACCGUACGGCAUCACCGAGGAAGUGGAGGAGAUCAAAGUGUAGAUGUUGAAACUCAGACUGAAAGACAGACUUCAGACUUAACGUUGAUCCAACAGAACCGUGAGAAACAUUGAGGGACCUGAGGGUUCUUGUAAAGUCAGACAGGUUUGUAUGAUGUUCAUCCUCCUCCUCCUCUUCCUCGUCUCACAUCGGCACUGAUCAACUUCCAGAUCCUGGUCUGUGGUCAGGGUCUGCAGGAGGAAGGUUUUCAUUAUUGACCUGGAUCCUGGACGUUCAACUCUCUUUUUUAGAUUAUUUAAAACAGAAACUAUGUUAUACAGAGUGAAUGAAGAACUCUCUGAAGAACAGUGGAUUUUGAAAGACUGCUCGUUUCUUCCCAGCAGAUCAACACCUAACACGACAUAAAACAUAAUAUGAGUCACAUGAAUAAAGAUCACGCAGCAUGGGGACUAUAUUCUCAUAUUAAUAAAUGUUGUAAACCUAUGCAUACGUUGGAAAUAAGUUAAGAGUCAUAGGAAAUAAAAUGCUUUUAUACAGUUGCAGCUGUAACAUACUUUUUGUUCAUCAAACUUUUGUUUUACUUUUACAAUGUUGUCUCACAUUUUAUGAUAAUCCAACAUAUGAAGCAGUUUAUGGAGAUAAUUCCUCUAAUUUUGAUAAAAUCAGUAAUAGUUUAAAAUCCAACACAGAAUAACAAAUGCAAUAAUCCAGUGGCUUCUUUGCUUUCACUUUAUUUGAAGUAUUUGAAGACAACAUCAUUUUAGGUUGUACUCGUAUGUAACCCUGUGUAAACAACAACAUUUCAAAUAAACACUGGUGAAGGAAGAACUCAAA